AUGUCGUCUACCUAUCCUUUUGACUUAACAAAACGUUUAACAACAAAUCCAACUUUUCAAUCAUCAAGACGUAUAUCACGAUCGAUUUAUGAUAAUACAUUCGGGGAUCAACAGCAACAACAAUUGUUAACUGUGCCAGUAAGGCGUCGUCAACCAAGUUAUCAACAAUAUGAUGCACCCUCAAGAAUAAAAAAUGAUCAAUCCUAUUGUCUUGUACCAGAGAGAAAUAAAAAAUUUGAUACAAUUCGUGUGCGAAAAAUAAUUAAUAGUGAACUAAAGCUUGUUCCACAAACUAUUCAAUAUGAUCCAAAUUUAUGUUUAGAAUUAAUUAAAGAUUUAACUGUACAAUUGAAAAAAUGCAUUCGAGAUGUGACUUAUUCGAGAUAUAAAUUAGUGGUAAUAAUCACAGGUGGACAAGAUAUUUCAAAACAAGGCCUUAUUUGUGCAUCACGGUGUCUCUGGGAUAAAACAACGGAUGGAUCGGUGACCGUUAACUACAAAGUGGGAGAUAUCCAUCUGGUGGUAACAGUUUAUUUUGUUUAUACCGAAUAA